CCUGCUACACACGGCGCCUCCCACACUCUUUGUCACCGGACCGCCCGGUACAGGUAAAACUGUGGUGCUGCUGCUGAUGGCCAUACAGUGGCUGCGGUGUGGUCACCACGUCUACGUUGUUAGUACCUGUAUACAGAGUUGUGCAGCGUGCAGCAUGUUGUAUCACCUGUUGCUGCAGACAGUAAACACACAACAGUCAGCAGGUGUGUCACCCGGUCAGCCUCACCUCCUGGACUAUGAUUUUAGUGAUAAGAAAGAAGUGGAGAAGGCCGUCAACGACUUGUCAUCAGUGACAAGAAGAGGGUCCACCUACGUCAUCGCCGAUGAAGCGGGUCCGAUCCACAAGAAACGCUUUGGGACUUUCUGUGAAAAGCUUCUGACACGCGUUCCUCGUCUCCAUCUGUGGGCGGCAAAUUGUUUCCAUGGACACGCACCCGCCGGCUGGCAAGUGGAGUAUUUAACCAGACCCCUCCGCUCUCCACCGACUGUCGUCAGGGAAGUCGAUAAAGACAACAUUAUUAGGAAAGGGAAGUCUGUCAGAAAGUACAGUAAGCGAGGUGUGCCUGACCACACAGACGGCCCGCCAGUCAGACAAACAUGUCACGAGUGGUCUCACUCAGGUGACUGGCCAUUUAACCGGCCAUAUGACUGUGUCACGUGCUGUCGUGAGGUGGCCAGCUUCCUACACAGUCUCCGUGUUGGUGUUACAGAGAAUGUUCACACAAUACCUACCACCAUUGCCUCCACCAGCAACAGAACAACACCGCCGUGCCUGCAGUGGAGAGACGUGCUGAUGCUGAUUGAAACAUCUUUUUCUACAAUUAACGACGAUAUUGCUAUUGUGAAGGAACUAAGAGAAGCGGGUAUCCCAGUGCGGGUGAUGAAGGAUGAUGACAUCGAGGACGUGGCCACGGCCCACAGUGACGUGGUGUGGGUGACAGAGGAUAAACGUGUUCGUGGUCUGGAGAGAAAAGUCGUCGUCUGUGUGCGAUCCUCUGGCAACUAUACAACUAACUGCCUUUACUCGGUGUCCCGCUGUACGUCCCAACUUGUGAUUGUCAGCCAGUUCUAACCGUACCAGUGCAGAUGACACACACACACCUGCCACGUGUUGUAGUCUUGUGUCUAUCUCUCUUACAUCAACACAUGUCGUUUUCAUGUUUUCUAGUCUUUGUUCACUCCAUCAAAAGAUUGCUGAAACAUAAAGUGUUUAUUUCUUUUGUGACAAGACAUCAUGCUCUCAUAAAAAAAAAAAAACUGUGCUUCAUAAAUGUUAUAACGGACCAGUUCGCGCCUCCGUGUGUUUCAGAUUAUUUUAACCCCUUUGCGACUUACGGACUGCAAGUGUAUGUAAAAUGUAUGAAACAAUAGAUGAGAACAUUAGAUAGAAAGGGUUAACCGAACAGGAUCUAUUUGGUGACCCCACCAGUAGGGUUUUGGGGGGGUAGAAAAUUAACUCAGGCCUUGCGUACCGAAGGAAGAAGACGAGCCUGAGUCACGACAUGUAAACCUCCUGAGUUGCGAUAACAUAGUCAAACAGAGUAGUGACCAUCGACGCUGGAUGUGGUGCGGUACUGACCCUGGGUGUAUUAACCUCGCAUAGAUGGGGUAUGACAUCUUUUUCUGUUAUUGAUUGUGGAAUUGUAUUAGAACUCACGGAUGAUUGAAAGUUGUGAACACGAACAUAUGGGAGAAAGAUGUGGACUGGAGAAUAUGGUUUAUAUGUAACCUCGAGUUACAGAUUUUAAUUGUAUGGACUGAAAGAACUGGAGCUCUUCUGGAUAAGGAAGAAUCGCCUCCCAGGACCAUUCCGUGAUCACCUUCGCUCCAGCACCCAGCAGCGCGUGGGCUAGGAGCACCGUUAGUCCCGUGAUGUCACAGUGGAGUACGUGCUGUGACCCCGGACACCGCCUGACGUCACGGCCAGUGUGUACCGCCUGCUGUGUCGUCAGUCGCCGGGUGACCAAAGAGUUCUAACCCCAACCCCAACCCUCGGGGAAGGAUCAACCGUUUCCACAGGAAGGGUAUUGGUGUUAUUGGAUUCCAGUUGGCUGGAAAUGUGGACGGCGCCACCAUAAGAUAGCGUGACGAUAAACUGAGUAACGUACACACUGCUAGAGCGGUUAUAAGAUAGAUAAUUGGACCGGAACAUCAGAACUGGAACUUUGGGGCUAAACAAUAGGAGAGAGUGCAAGUAUAUUCAUGCUUUGUUUGUAAACAAUGACUAUGUCGAGAUUGAUUGGGAGAGAACCCCGGGUGUAAACACUGCGCCUAUCGUUAGAUGUUUGUUGCCUUUAGAACACUCUGUUGAUCCCAGUUGUUUACAAACAAGUAUUUGUGUUGUAGUCUUAAGUCCUGAGCCACUCGAUAACGAAGUGAUAAUGAUGUGGGCAGCUCGACAUGUUUAGACCUCAUCCUUCUGUGUUUCACAACUAGUGUCUGCAUGAAUAACACACGGAGUCGUGUUGACUCAAUCGAGGGAUGAACACAAGACGAGGGAGUGAAUGGCAUCACACUGUAUCACAGUCUGAAAUAAAUUGUCCUGAAGAACGUA